AUGCCAGCCAAAAUUAACUCAUGCAUCUUCUGUCGUCACCGUUUCUCUGGCAGCAAGUAAGGCUCCGCCCAUUUAUUUUUAGUUCUUUCUAAUAAUAAUUUUUUCUAAUAUUUAGAAUGGACUCCAACCGCUACGUAAAAUGUUUUACUGUUUACUACUAUAUUUAUAUAAUCUUCGGUUUAUUAUCCCAAUCAAUUUUGUUUCAUUUAAUCCGUCGAAAAAGUCCUCCAAGUUUAUCAAGUUUGAAAUAUUAUCUCUGGAAUACUUGCCUGAUCCAAAUAAUCGAAAUUAUUCUUGGGUUUUUCACACAAAAUCGUAAUUUACCAAAUAAAACUUCUCUGGCAAUUUUACCCGGCGGACCAUGCAAAUAUUUUUCGGAAUAUGUUUGUUUCGCAUGCUAUCAUAUUUUUCUAGCAGUUUCAAUGUUAGUUGCAAUAAGUAUUGCAAAUACUGUUGCUUUUCGUUUUUUACUUCUUCGAUAUAACGGUUUAUCAAAGCAAAGUAUUAUGAAAAUGAUUGCAGCUUCCUAUAUUCCAUCAAUCCUAUUAUCAGUAAGUUGGCAUUUAUUUGGAAAAUUCUUUGUUUUUGUUAAUUACAUAUUUUUCUAAUAGAUUCCAAGUUUCUAUUAAUAAAUAGUAAUUUUAAACAAAAUUCAAAGAUAAGAAUUCUAGAAACUAAUUUUUAUACGCUUCAAAGAAUUCGAGAUCAAACUCUUAUUACACUUUAAUUAUGGGAACUUUUCAACAAAAAAAGUAGAUAAUUGUCAGAUAAUUCCUUUCUUGGAUACGUGGGAUUUCUCCGAAGUCAGACGACUCACAGCAAUUGAACAUCCGACUUAUGAUCUCACAAUUUAUGGAAAUUAUCCGGGAUUCGCAAAUAUUACAACAGUUCCAUUUUUAAGUGCAACAUUAAUAGUUGCAAUCGGAGCAUAUGGAAUCCCACUUUUAUCAGCGAUUCUAACAAAAUGGAUACUUUCAAUGAUUUUGAGAAAUGGAAGUAUGUCAAGAAAAACAAAACAUCACGCAAUUAUGCUUGUCUAUGUACGUGAGAAAAAUUGAAAAUCUCAUUUCGAAACAAAAAUCUUAUUUUAGGGUUUGGCUUGUCAAACUCUUCUUCCGCUCAUUUCAUAUGUUCCAAUUAUAACUUUAUAUUUAAUAUCACAAAUCACUGGAGAGGAAAUGCUUUUGACCGAACACUUUCUUAUGUUAUGUUCAGGUUUUCCAGCAUUAAUUGAUCCAUUCAUUUCAUUUUAUUUUAUUGUUCCAUUUCGAAAUGCGUUGAUUGGGUUUGUUCGGAGAAAACCAGUGAUUGAAGAGACAACAAUGGUUGUUUCAAGUGUUUCAUUUGUCAAACGUAGUUUGUGA